UGGCUAACAUGAAAGUGAAAUAAAUCUGUUGAAGGAUAAUAAUAAUAAAAAAUAACAAAAAUUUAAAUGACUGAAUAAUCGUAUUAUAAUUUUGAGCAGAAUAAACUGCUGAUCAUUUUCACCAUUGUGUAGCCCUGUAAUGUAAAUAGUGACAAUUUUUUGUGUGCAAAUUGUUCCAUUGAGUCAGUUCUUUUCAAUUAAUUGGUUUAACAGGUUUACAAAUUGCUCUGAAUGAUUUGGGCAUUUUAUCACUGUUGCAUUAAGGACUUCUAUUCAUAUUCAGCAAACAGAGGUUCCAGGUGGGUACACAGCUAUUAAAGUAUAGAGAGCAGAAAGAGGGAGUGAGAGACAGGUUGAAGGAAAUUAGGAGAUAGCAUACAGUGACUGACAGUGAGAAAAAUAGAGGAUGAAUUAUCAGGUAGGAUCUCGUCUCACUAGUGUUUGAAUAGGCUUGGAUCCCUUUUCUAGGAAAAGCACAUUUACAUAUCCUGAAGGGUGUGUAUCAGAGUGUUUUUUUGUGCCUGUUUUUUUUUUUUUUUUUUUUUUUUUACCUCCUUCAUAGCUGAAUAAUACUCUUUGGAAAAACAGCAAACGCUUUUAUGAAAAUUUUUUAGUGUAUUUGUUCUGGCAGAGGAGGAUGGAAUUUUUUGUCUAUUUUAAAGGUUAAGUGUGUAAUUUCGUCGUUACCAACGUCACCAGAUGGAAUUGCAAAAAUAAAAACUGUUUAAACAGGUUUACCAAACACAAUUCCUGUCUUCCAUUGUUCAACAAACACAUAGCCCUGCCCCAAACCCACACCAUUGGUUGAGACAUUGGUGAUUUGAACAAUGUUUUGAUGAUUUCACAGUUUUACACUUUAUUGGUGAAUCAGCAUAACAGUGGCUUACUUAUAGUUGUCUCUGCACGUAUUAUUACAUUGAAGCAAUUAUAUGUUUCUUUUACCAAAUAAAUGCAUUAAACUUGCCUUCAAUCUCUUUGUUUGCAGCAGAAGCGUGUUGAAUUUGGCAGUGCAGAACUUUCUGGCAGCUGUGUGUUAAGAGAUGUUGUGUGGGUGUGGUUUGUGUGUGUGAAGUGUUGCUGAGUGUGUGUUUAGAUGGUAGAUAUUUUGUGGGUGUGGCUGAGUGUCUGUGUGUGCCAGCAGGUGAACCGGUAUCUACAUUUCCCAGUGCUUCCUGUCCCUGUAACAGCCAAAGCACGGGAGGCUCCAGAAAAUCGUGUUGAAGCAGAGGUUGUCCCAAAGGUUGCACGUAUGACUGUAUCAGGCAAGAAGCAGACCAUGGGCUUUGAUGUGCGAAGAGCGGAAGAAAAUGGCGUUGUUGCCACAUCAGUUCGCAGAGGGCCGAGCCCUGAGGUCAUUGCCACGCCAGCCAUAGAGACCCCAUCCAAGCCAGCGGUUGUGAGUGAAGACGCUUCCGCCCCUACCCCACCCCGCCCUGCUGGAAAGAGCAAACAACAGCUCAACAUCCAUGCCGAACUGGAGAAGAGACAAGGAGGGAAACAGUUACUCAACCUAGUUGUCAUAGGUCAUGUAGAUGCUGGUAAAAGCACUCUCAUGGGUCAUGUGUUGUAUCUACUGGGGAAUGUUAAUAAGAGAACCAUGCAUAAAUAUGAGCAGGAAGCCAAGAAAGCUGGUAAAGCCUCAUUCGCCUAUGCAUGGGUCCUGGACGAGACAGGAGAGGAGAGAGACAGAGGUGUGACUAUGGAUGUGGGCAUGACAAAGUUUGAGACCGACUCUAAGGUUAUUACACUGAUGGAUGCACCAGGACACAAGGACUUUAUUCCGAACAUGAUCACAGGGGCUGCGCAGGCAGAUGUGGCCCUGUUAGUCAUAGAUGCCAGCCGUGGGGAGUUUGAGGCCGGUUUUGAGGCAGGUGGGCAGACCAGGGAGCAUGGACUGCUGGUCCGAUCCCUUGGAGUCACGCAGCUUGCUGUUGCUGUCAACAAGAUGGACCAGGUGAACUGGCAGCAGGAGAGGUUCAAGGAAAUUGUCUCCAAGCUUGGUCACUUUCUGAAGCAAGCUGGUUUUAAGGAUUCAGAUGUGUUUUACAUCCCUACAAGUGGCCUUUCAGGAGAGAAUCUGACCAUCAGGAGCAAAGUACCAGAACUUACUGCCUGGUACACUGGGCCAUGCUUACUUGAACAGAUAGAUGCAUUUAAACCACCUCAGAGGUCAGUGGAGAAGCCAUUCAGACUCUGUGUGUCAGACGUCUUCAAAGAUCAGGGCUCUGGGUUCUGUGUGACGGGAAAGAUUGAGGCUGGCUUUAUUCAGACAGGAGACAAGGCCCUGGUCAUGCCACCUAAUGAGACCUGCACUGUGAAAGGGAUCACCCUCCAUGAUGAAGCUUUAGACUGGGCAGCUGCUGGUCAUCAUGUCAGUCUGACGGUAACUGGCAUGGAUAUCAUCAAAAUAAAUGUUGGAUGUAUAUUCUGUGAUCCCAAAGAGCCCAUCAGAGCGUGUACAAGGUUCCGAGCAAGAAUUCUCCUCUUUAAUAUAGAAGUUCCGGUUACUCAAGGCUUCCCCGUGCUGUUGCAUUAUCAGACAGUCAGUGAACCGGCCACAAUUAAGAAGUUAGUCAGUAUAUUACACAAGAGCAGUGGAGAAGUUCUCAAGAAGAAACCAAAGUGUUUGAGUAAAGGACAGAACGCAGUGGUGGAGAUUCAAACACAAAGGCCUGUGGCUCUGGAACUUUAUAAGGAUUAUAAAGAACUGGGUCGAUUCAUGCUCAGAUAUGUGGGCUCGACUAUUGCUGCUGGAGUCGUCACAGAGAUCAAAGAAUAAACACCAGUCUGAACUGGAUCCAUCAGAACAUACUGGAUGAAAUCUCUGAACAGAAGUGCAAUUCCCCCUCGGAGCGUACACAAAAACAAAGUGCAUACACACAAAGAUACCCUUUAGGCAACCUGACGCUAGCCGCAGUUCAUUUUACAGACAACACAAACCUUUUCAAAGGCUUAAUGUUGUGGUGUGAGUGAACGUCUUGUGUCUGAAUUGCUCUUCAGCUUUCAAAAUACAAAUGAACUGUGUAAUAGCCCCACAUUUCCCUCAGAAUUUUUUUACUUAAUACCUCCUAAUAAUCCAUACACUUUAACACAAAAUGUUUACCUGUACUUCCAUCCAUUCAUUUAUGCAUCUCCGAUUAACCAACUCAACUAAUUUUUCUUUUAUAAUGUGACAUUUUCUUUUAGAUUGUUGUAAAUUUCAAUAUUUCUGACGACCGUAUGGUAGCAAUAUGGGACAUUUAACCUUGGUUCAUGUCAAAGGUUUUAAAGAUUUAAUUACAAAUUAUUUAAGGGUGUGUAGUUGGGGGGACACAGGAAAAAACAAACAGAACAAAGCUGGCUGCACACUCUCAACUCCAUUAGUUUCUCAUAAGAUCUGCAUGGACAGUGUGUGAAUUAUACCUGCUGUUCAAUCGUCACUACAUCUUUUCAGUAAUUUUCUGGAAACCAUAAGCGUUGAGAAUUAAAUCGACUUGGCAGGAUGACUAAUGGAGAAAGAGAUGUGGAGUGGAUGGGAAAGAAUUGAAUGAGGCAUAAACUCAUCUGGCAAUCUACACCGAUCAGCCACAACAUUAAAACCACCUGCCAAAUAUUGUGUAGGUCCCCCUCGUGCUGUCAAAACAGCACCAAUAGCAUUCUGAGAUGCUUUUCUUCUCACCACAAUU